GCGCUCUCCCUGGUAACGAGCACCGCGCGCGUGGGGCCGCGCCCUGCCCGGGCCGCCCCCCCCGCCAAUCCCAUCCCAUCCCCUCACGGCCCCUGACCGCCCCUCACCGCCGCCAUGCAGAGCGAGGACGCCCGGUACCUCAAGAGGAAGGUAAAAGGAGGUAACAUAGAUGUGCAUCCAUCUGAGAAAGCCCUCAUUGUCCAUUAUGAAGUGGAAGCAACAAUUCUGGGAGAGCUGGGAGACCCCAUGCUGGGGGAACGCAAGGAAUGUCAGAAAAUAAUUCGGCUGAAGAGCCUCAAUGCAAACACAGACAUUGGUUCCCUGGCUCGAAAGGUUGUUGAAGAAUGCAAGCUCAUUCACCCCUCCAAGCUUGGAGAAGUGGAGCAGCUGCUGUACUACCUGCAGAACCGCAGGGAUUCCUCAGCAGGGAAAGAAAGGAAAGAGAAAACCAGCAAGCCAAAAGAUCCACCCCCAUUUGAAGGAACAGAGAUUGAUGAAGUUGCCAACAUCAAUGACAUGGAUGAGUACAUUGAGUUACUGUACGAGGACAUUCCUGACAAGGUGCGGGGCUCUGCCCUCAUCCUGCAGCUGGCCAGGAAUCCUGAUAAUUUGGAAGAGCUGCUUAUAAAUGAAACUGCCCUGGGUGCAUUGGCCAGAGUGCUGAGGGAAGACUGGAAACAAAGCAUUGAACUGGCUACCAAUAUAAUUUACAUUUUCUUCUGCUUUUCAAGUUUCUCUCAGUUUCAUGGGAUAAUCACACAUUACAAAAUUGGAGCUCUGUGUAUGAAUAUCAUAGACCAUGAACUGAAGAGACAUGAGCUUUGGCAGGAAGAACUUGCUAAAAAGAAGAAAACUGGUGAUGAAGAUCCUGAAAAUCAAACCCUGAAAAAGGACUAUGAGAAAACUUACAAGAAAUACAAAGGGCUGGUUGUCAAGCAGGAGCAGCUGCUUAGAGUUGCCAUUUACCUGCUGCUCAACCUGGCUGAGGACACGCGCAUUGAGCUGAAGAUGAGGAACAAGAACAUUGUGCACAUGCUGGUGAAAGCGCUGGACCGCGAUAAUUUUGAGCUGCUCAUCCUCGUUGUGACCUUCCUGAAGAAACUCAGCAUUUUCAUGGAGAACAAAAAUGAUAUGGUUGAAAUGGAUAUUAUUGAAAAACUUGUGAAAAUGGUGCCAUGUGAACAUGAAGACCUGCUGAAUAUCACUCUUCGACUCUUGCUGAAUCUCUCCUUUGACACAGGCCUGAGAAGUAAAAUGGUCCAUGUUGGUUUGCUUCCCAAACUCACUGCACUCCUGGGAAACGAAAACAACAAAAAAGUCGCGAUUUGCAUUCUGUAUCACAUCAGCAUGGACGAUUGCUUUAAAUCGAUGUUUGCAUACACAGACUGUAUCCCUCAGUUAAUGAAGAUGCUUUUUGAAUGUCCUGAUGAGAGAGUUGACCUGGAACUGAUUUCUUUCUGUAUUAACCUUGCUGCCAACAAAAGAAAUGUGCAGCUUAUCUGUGAAGGAAAUGGUUUGAAAAUGCUCAUGAAGAGGGCUUUGAAAUUUAAGGAUCCAUUGUUAAUGAAGAUGAUCAGAAAUAUUUCACAGCAUGAUGGGCCAACUAAAAGCCAGUUUAUUGAAUAUGUUGGUGAUUUAGCAGCUCAAAUAUCCAAUUCAGAAGAAGAAGAAUUUGUGAUUGAAUGCCUGGGAACACUUGCAAAUUUGACCUUACCAGAGCUGGACUGGGAACUUGUGCUGAAGGAAUACAAACUGGUUCCAUAUCUCAAGGAUAAGUUAAAACCAGGUUCUGCUGAGGAUGACCUUGUGUUGGAAGUGGUGAUCAUGAUUGGGACUGUGUCCAUGGAUGACUCCUGUGCUGCUCUGCUGGCCAAAUCUGGGAUCAUCCCUGCCCUCAUCGAGCUGCUGAAUGCUCAGCAGGAAGAUGAUGAAUUUGUCUGCCAGAUCAUCUAUGUGUUUUAUCAGAUGGUGUUCCACCAAGCCACCAGAGAUGUCAUCAUCAAGGAAACACAAGCUCCAGCAUACCUCAUAGACCUGAUGCACGACAAAAACGCUGAGAUCCGCAAGGUCUGUGACAACACUCUGGAUAUCAUAGCGGAAUAUGAUGAGGAAUGGGCUAAAAAAAUCCAGACGGAGAAGUUCCGAUGGCACAACUCGCAGUGGCUGGAGAUGGUGGAGAGCCGGCAGAUGGACGACAGCGAGCAGUACCUGUAUGGGGAUGACCCCAUCGAGCCCUACAUCCAUGAGGGGGACAUUCUGGAGAGACCUGACCUCUUCUACAAUGCAGAUGGGCUGAUAGUCCCUGAUGGAGCAGUGAGUCCUGAUAUCUUUGGGGAUUACCAGCUGCAGAAUGGAGACCUGGUUGGGCAGCACCCCUUCUCUGCCAACCUUGCAGUGGAUGGCUUUGCCCCGAGCACGGGGGGUCCCGGGCGCCCCGCGACCGCCUACGGCUACCGGCCAGAGGAGCCCUUCCUGUACGGCUACGGGGCACGGUGAGGGCCAGGCACUGCUGCUCCUGCAUGGCUGCACCCCAGCCUCCAGCACCUGUAUCCUUUGGCAUGUGUAGCUCCACUUAGCCUUCCUGGCUCCGUGUGUUUGUGACCGUGGUUAGUCUUGGGUUGCUUUUGUUGUUGUUGUUAUUUUUGUACAGUGACUGCGACUUGAAAGCGGGAAUUGGAAACUGCCGGACUGGAAAGUGUCACAUUGUGUAUAUUAAGCUACUAAUUUAAUUUCUAUUAAAUAGAAAAACCUGUGUGGUCA